AUGCAAGGAAGCUCAAGCUCCGCGUGCGUCAACCCCUCCUUGGCGGUGGCGCCGCGGCCGCCCGUCGCAGGAGCCGACGGCCCGCCGGCGCGCCGCAUCGUGGUGGCCCACCGGCUCCCCCUCCGCGCGUCGCCGGACCAGAACUCGCCCUUCGGCUUCGCCUUCUCCCUCGACCCCGACGCGCUCUCGCUCCAGCUUUCGCGCGGCCUCCCGGCGCCGGUCACCUACAUCGGCACCCUGCCCGCCUCGGCCGAAUCCAAGAUCGUCCCCUCCGACGAGCUCGACUGCUACCUCUUGGAGAACUUCUCCUGCCUCCCUGUGCACCUCGACGGCGACCGCCACGCCGAGUUCUACGACGGCUUCUGCAAGCACUACCUGUGGCCGCUGCUCCACUACAUGCUACCGUUCACGCCGGCCGACGUCGUCGGGAGGCUGCGCUUCGACGCCGCCUCGUACAGAGCGUUCAUCGCGGCGAACAGGCAGUUCGCGGACCGCGUGAUCCAGGUGAUCUCCCCGGACGCCGGCGACCUCGUCAUCGUCCACGACUACCACCUCUGGGCGCUCCCCACCUUCCUCCGCCGCAAGUGCCCACGCGCCGGCGUCGGGUUCUUCCUCCACUCGCCGUUCCCCUCCGCCGAGAUCUUCCGCUCCGUCCCCGUCCGCAACGAACUCCUCCGCGGGCUCCUCAACGCCGACCUCGUCGGGUUCCACACCUUUGACUACGCGCACCAGUUCGUGUCCUGCUGUUCGCGCCUCCUCGGCAUCUCCAACACCUCCCUUCACGGCCACAUGGGCAUCAACUACCACGGCCGGACCGUGCCGGUCAAGAUCUUCUCCGUCGGCGUCGACAUGGGCCAGCUCCGGGCUGCGCUGGCCUCGCCGGAGGCCGCCGCCAAGGCCAAGGAGAUCGCCGAGGCAUACCGCGGCCGCGUGAUCAUGGUGGGCGUCGACGACGUCGACCUCUUCAAGGGCGUGGGCCUGAAGUUCCUCGCCCUGGAGAAGAUGUUGGACGCGCAUAAGGACAUGAUCCGGCAGGUGGUGCUCGUGCAGAUCAACAACCCCGCGCGCAGCCGCGGCCGCGACGUCGACGCCGUCCGCGUCGAGACGCAGCGCAUCGAGCAGCGCAUCAACAGGCGCUUCGGGGUCGACGGGGCAGGAGGGUCCGCCCGAAUCGUCACCAUCGACGGCCUGGUGCCCAUGUCCGAGAAGGUGGCCUACUACGCCGCCGCCGACUGCUGCGUCGUCAGCGCCGUGCGCGACGGGCUCAACCGGAUCCCCUACUUCUACACGGUGUGCCGGGAGGAGGCCCCCGGCGCGCGGAAGAGCGGCGCCGUCGUCCUGUCCGAGUUCGCCGGCUGCUCGGCGUCGCUGGGAGGCGCGAUCCGCGUGAACCCGUGGAACCCGGAGGCCCUGGCCGACGCCAUGCGCGCCGCGGUCACCAUGGGCGCCGAGGAGAAGCAGGCGCGGCACCGGACGAACUACAGCUACCUGAGCGCGCACGACGCCGCCGCCUGGGCGCGGUCGUUCGACGAGGCCCUGCAGGUCGCCUGCAGGGACCACCCGGCGAUGGGGUUCGUCGGGCUCGGGCUCGGGAUGAGCUACCGCGCCGUGGCGGUGCGGCCGAGCUUCCAGAUGCUCACGGCGGAGCACGUCCGGCCGGCUUACCGCCGCGCAGCGCGCAGGCUGAUCCUGCUGGGCUACGACGGGACCAUGGUGCCCGAACUGCUGGACGAGGGGAAGAGGGCGCCAAGCGGCGGAGUGCUUUGCCUCCUGAAUGAACUGUGCGCUGAUCCAAAGAACGUCGUCUUCCUCGUCAGCGGCCGCCGCAAGGAUCAACUGGCGGCGUGGUUUGCUCCAUGCGAGAAGCUCGGCAUCUGCGCGGAGCAUGGCUACUUCACAAGGUGGAGCAGGGACGAUCCAUGGGAGGUGAGCGACAAGCAUCAGGAGGUGGCGUCUGGCACUGGAUGGGAGGCGGUGGCCGAGCGAGCGACGAGGCAGUACUCGGAGGCAACCCAUGGCUCGUACAUGGAGAUGAAGGAGACCGCGAUGGCGUGGCACUACCAGAACGCGGACCCGGUCCUGGGCCCGUGCCAGGCCAAGGAGCUCCACGACCACCUGGUGGGCGUGCUCGCCAACGAGCCGGCGUCCAUGGCCAUCGGCAGCCAGACCGUGGAAGUGAACCCUCAGGGCGUGAGCAGGGGCGUGGCGGUGGAGGGCCUGCUCGGCGCCAUGGCGCGCCGCGGGAAUGCGCCGGACAUGGUGCUGUGCGCGGGGGACGGCGAGGCCAUGUUCGCGGCCCUCGCAAAGGCGGCGAGGGCCGCCGGCGGCGGCUGCGCAGGCGCGCUCCUCCCCGCGGGCGCGAGCGUGUUCGCGUGCACCGUCGGGAGGAAGGCGAGCAAGGCGGCGUUCUACGUGGACGAGCCCGCGGACGUGGUCGGCCUGCUCGCCGCCCUGGUGGCCCGCUAG